UGUUUUUUCCUGGCUCACGCUGUUGUGGAAACCCGCAGUUCGCAGACAAACACUAACGUUAGCUAUUUCCUCCUUGAGUCUGAAGAUACCAGAGAUGAAAAAUCAAGACACAGAAGUGUCUGCCACCCAGAGCAGUGAGGAUGCUCCACCUUCAGUGGAAGUGAUGGAGUCCCUUGCAGCUGCAAAUGACAGCUCUGAGAGCAUCACAGACACACCACUGCAGACAGACACCCCGACGGCAACAGACACCCCGACACACACAGACACGCUGCCGCUGACAGACACCCCGACGCACACAGACAUGCUGCCGCUGACAGACACCCUGACGCCAACAGACACGCUGACAGACACCCCGACGCACACAGACACGCUGCCGCUGACAGACACCCCGACGCACACAGACACCCCGACACACACAGACACACCACUGCAGACAGACACCCUGAUGCCAACAGACACCCCGACGCACACAGACACGCUGCCGCUGACAGACACGCUGCCGCUGACAGACACUCUGACGCCCACUGAGACGCCGACGCCCACAGACACGCCUCCACAAGGCGACGAGGCAGGAAGUGAAGUUGCAGAGGCAGCUCUUUCUCAAUGUGAAUUGGCCGAGGAGCUGAGCCGGCAGCUGGAGGACAUCCUCAGCACGUACUGUCGGCAAAGCCGUUCGGAUGACGCCAGCCCCGUACCCAACGGCCAGUCACACAGCCCCCAGCUCAACGGCCUGAGCAACGAGAGGGGGGGCGGCGGCAAGACACAAGGCAAAGCCAACGGAGCUGGCAGCGGGGGGCAGAAGAAGACUCACGAUAAGAAGAAAGUGAAAGGCAAAGAGAUUACUCUUCUCAUGCAGACUCUGAACACACUGAGCACUCCAGAGGAAAAGCUUGGAGGCCUUUGUAAGAAGUAUGCCGAACUGCUGGAGGAGCACCGUAACACCCAGAAGCAGAUGCGCGUGCUGCAGAAGAAGCAGAACCAGGUGGUCCAGGAGAAAGACAACCUGAGGAACGAGCACAGCAAGGCCGUGCUGGCUCGCAGCAAGCUGGAGAGUCUGUGCCGGGAGCUGCAGAGGCACAACCGCACACUGAAGGAGGAGGGAAUACAAAGAACGCGUCUGGAGGAGGAGAAAAGGAAGGAGGUGACCUCCCACUUCCAGGUGACGCUGAACGACAUCCAGGCUCAGAUGGAGCAGCACAACGAGCGGAAUGCCAGCCUGCGGCAGGAGAACUCGGAGCUGGCCGAGAAACUGAAGAAGCUGUACGAACAGUACAAACUACGAGAGGAGCACAUCGACAAGGUGGUGAAGCACAAAGACCUGCAGCAGCAGCUGGUGGACGCCAAGCUGCAGCAGGCUCAGGAGCUGCUGAGGGAGUCGGAGGAACGCCACGACCGAGAAAAGCACUUCCUGCUGAAAGAAGCAGUGGAGUCUCAGAGGAUGUGUGAGCUGAUGAAGCAGCAGGAGGUUCACCUCAAACAGCAGCUCUCACUGUACACAGAGAAGUUUGAAGAGUUCCAGACCACCCUGUCCAAGAGCAACGAGGUCUUCACCACGUUCAAACAGGAGAUGGAGAAGAUGACUAAAAAGAUCAAGAAGCUGGAGAAGGAGACGGCCAUGUACCGCUCCAGGUGGGAGAGCAGCAACAAGGCUCUGCUGGAGAUGUCAGAAGAGAAGUCUGUGCGGGACCACGACUUCGAGGCGCUGCAGGGGAAGGUCCAGCGGCUGGAGAAGCUGCGGCGAGCCCUGAAGGUCGAACGCAACGAGCUCAACAAGAAGGUGCAGAACCUCAGCGGGCAGGACGCCGUCCCGGCGGGGGCCCCCGACUCCCCCUCCCCCCCGCCCACGGACCCUCACCCGGAGCCUGGCAGCAGCCCCGCCCCCUGCUCCAAGUCCUGCCACUGUGACCCACAGCUGGACGCGGACGCCGGGCUGGAGGGAGCCGGGGCGCCGCCCAUCGCCGCGCGGCAGUGAAGCGCAGCUCAUCAAACAGCGAGGUCAACCUGUGUCCUCCCAGCAUGCACUGCGGGCUCCAUAACAGGCGAUGGGAAGAUCGCGCCUCGCCUGUCGGCACAUUUACGCGCUCACCAGAGGGGUCGCGCCGCCUCGCUGCUGCUGGGGAAGACGCCUUCAGGCGUGCGAUCUGAAAGCCACUCCUGUAAAUGUUUUUCAGGUGAAGGGAUGUGAGGACAAGUCAUAUUCUUAGUCACAUAGAAAUAUUAUAGAAUGCUACAAAGGUUAUUGAAGGAUGUUUGUCGCUCUGAAAUAUUCUUGAUCUCUAGUUUCAGAAUUUUCUUUCUUGUGGACCAUUUUAGGGAAAUGUUUCUUCUUCUUUUUUUCUUGUUUGCGUCUUUUGAGCAGUUUUUCUGUUGUGUAUUUAUUGUUUGAAUAAUAAUCUCUGGUAUGAAAUGUGUGUAUCGUACGGAGCACCACUAUAAUCAUCGGUCUAUUCAUUUUACACAUUUAAAAAGCUGUUAAUUUGUAUGACUUUUCAUUCCUAACCCCCCCCCCCUGAGUUCAGAUGUUGUUUGCUACGUUAUUUUUUUACAUGCUUUUGAGUCUGCUUAAAACCUUCUAAUGACGACCACUUGAAACUUGUUUUUGCGCAUUGACGCGUGUACGCCUGUGUGUGUCUAUGAGAUUGUGUGUAUGUGGUUCACACACCUAUGAUUGUCUCCCCCCGGUAAUAGCAGUAGCUCGUAAUCAGGUUUUAACGAGAGAAUGUUCAACGACUUCUAUGCAACGCUUGCUUCUUUUUUUUUCUUUUUCUGUGGCGGUCUCAACUGACGAGCACUUAGCUGAGAAUGUUUUUUUCAUCAUUGUAUAAACCGACCACAUAUAGCAGAACUUUAGUUUUGCUUUGCUGAGAACCUUGUUGCUUUCCUCUCCAUAGCUGUCUGACAUUGAGCGUAAUGUUGUACAUCUUUCUGGUUCUUUUACAAGGUGCCGUGACGGGUAAAGAUGGAAUGUUUGACUCCCAAAACGUGCAUUUCCCCCCCAGUCAUUCUUGUGUACUACUUAAUAUGUAGCAAUGGAUAAAAGAUGUUAACAAAUCAAGCUGGCAGACAAUUUAUCUUCCAUUGUCCCACAGGACAGAUUCAUUGUUCCUCUAGUCCCGUGGGCAGAUGUGGAGGAACCAAAGAUGUCUUGUUUGUCUUUUGCAGUACUAUUAUCUGGCCCUGUACAUUUUGUUUCUUGUUAAAUAAAAGAUGUAAAAAUA